AUGUCGCUGAUUGUGGAAAAGAAAAAUGGCGGCUACGUCCGCUCCAUUGAGAUCGACGGCAACAUUGCGAUGGACUGGCAGAGCGGCUUUUUCCUCCAUCCCAACAACCAGGUGGACUAUGUAUGCAAAGAGCUGCUGGAAGACGAGACGCUGGGAGCGGGCGCUGGUCAACAAGCACCGGAACGUGACGCUCUGGCUAAAAACGGGAACUCGCCAACGGGCAUUACCACUGUCACCCGAUCACCGGCAGCCAUCGAGCGGGACUCGGUGAGCAGGCCGUUGCGUCGAGGCUGUGUGCCCGUCGAGCAGCGGGAGCUGCAGGUCCUCAAGUCAUACGAGACUGACCUGAAGCGCCUGCGCAGGAUUAACCGGCAGAACACACUGAAGGCUUCGCUCAACCAGCUGUGA